AUGUUAGCAAAAAGCUCUUCGAGCCUCGGCAACACCUUCAUGCCGCCCAUGAAAGGAUACCUCUACAAGCUACAAGACGAGUUCCAUGGGACGCGAGGGUCGGCUCUGGGACGGCUGAGGAAAGGGAAGGAAGAAGGAUCUUCUCCUCUACUCCCUCCUCUUGUCACAUCCGAGGCUGAGAGACCCGUUGGGUCCGUUGCAAAGAAGGCGAGCACAGCACUGCUGCGACAAGACUCGAGAAGUGAAGAGAACGAGGAAUGCCAUGACUUUAUAGGCAGCAAGGUGAAGGACUGGAGCCAACGCGUGUACGAGUUUGACUUUCGAUCCUGCGAGCUGAGGUACAUCUCCAACCAUCCCAACAGGCCUCUCGCUCCCGAUUACAAAGGCGACCCAUCAAGACGAUCGCUCGGCUUCGUUGACUCAGACACGGUCAUAAUCCCCGGAAAGUCCAUCGAGACUCAAGAUUGCUUGCCCAACUCGCACGUUCCUCUGCUGCUGUGGACCUUCGAGAUCACUUUCUACGUCAUCUCCGGCGCGCAAGCAGGAGAGAGGACGCUGGUGUUGGCAGCGGUUGACUUGAAGGAACGAGACAUCUGGAUCGAGUCAAUGACUGGCUGCAUCAGGAAGAAACAGGAGCUGGACGUCAGCUACAGCAACUUCCGCAUGAGAAUCAAGGAGACGGAGGAGAAGACGCAAAUGCUGCAGGACGAAGUAAGAGAAGGCAAGCGAGCGAUCAGCGUCAACAGCCUUGCGCACAGACAGGCAAGACUGAACAAUGGCAAGGCGAUCAAAGACGUCAUCAGCGUCUUCAAGAAGCUGUCCUCUGUGUUUGUGGUUGAGUCCGACUCGUCAGUCGGGGGAGGGAUUUCUCACGUCGUGGUCAACCUCCUUGAGAUUGACUUGCUGUCCGAAGCUCUGGCGGUGCAAGAUCGAGUCUUUGGUGAGCGCUGGAGAUUUUCACGGCCCGAGGCUCUCGGGAAUGAGAAGAGAGUAGACAUCGUUUCUUUCGAGGAGCUCUUCAAGGCCAUCUUUGCAGCGAAGCAGAAGAAAGAUUCGAGUUUCAUCAGAGACAUGCUACUGGACCUGAUCUUAGCUUCUCACGACACCUUCCUUGUCAACCUGACGGCAAAGGAGGCCGAGGAUCUUGUACAAGAGGAUAUCAGAUCGAAGCCUCGACGAUCCAAGUCUCAUGACAUCAGCACCAAUGACCGAGCUGAAGUGAUGACGCAGAAAACGCACGUCAAGGAUCCUGUUGCAAGCGCAAGAGAAGCUUUCGACGCUUUUGACAAGGACAACUCGGGCUUCCUUGACAUGAAGGAAAUUCAUGCAGCUAUCAAAACAUUUCUCCCUUCUGUCACAGACAAAGAAAUCCUCAGGAUGUCAAGAGCUGCAGACGCGGACGGGAGCGGUCAUGUGACCUUUGAGGAAUUUCUUGACGUGCUGGGAGUGAAGAACAAAGAAACUGUGACAUCUCCUACUCGGCGCAACUCAAUGACGUCAAUGCAACCAUGUUUCAUCAUCGAGCUCAAGAGAGGAGAUGAUGUCAUGAAAUCUUUAUCCAUGGAUUGCGCCUUCAUCCUCAUCGUCGACGGCGAGAUCGGAAUCUUUGUGAAGUUUGAGGAGAGAGGAGUUAUCUCCAGCAAGGAAGUGAUUUGCUUAGCCAGGGGAGAUACUCAUCUGCUGAAGGGCAUCGCCAACGUCCCGUCGCUUGCCCGGCAGGAGCUGACGAUCACCUACACUCCGCUGGUGGUGAAGUCAGGGAAGGCAACAAUCGCAGGCAAUGGGGUCUUUGUUGUGUUCUUGGUCAUGACAUCUUCGACAGUCUUCACCUUGCACGCCGUGGAGAAAGUGAUAUCAGCAAGAACAUUCCUCAAGAGAGCGCUUCAGUUCCGCAUCGAGGAGCAGGAGGAAUGGGCCUCCAACGCUGCCCAGGAAGACACGUCCUCCAUGAUCGUCAACGUUCAGCCAGACAACAGGAUGGCGCUGGUCUCGCCCCUUGUCCCCGACUCCAUCAACACGACCGCGUUCCAGCACAUGUGGAACAACGCGAGACAAGGGAAGGUGAAGUUGUACAGCAAAGCAGCUGACCUGCCAAGACUGCACAAGGCCAAAGACAAAUCCAAGCGCUCCUACCAGUGGAUGGGGACGCGGGAUGGAUGCGUGCAGGUCCCACGGUCAAGCAUGACCAGCCCAGAGGGCUCAAGUGAGGGAGAAGGAGAGACUGGAUGGCAGGAGCAGCAUGUUCGAGGAAGGGACGGGGAGGACGGAGCUUGUGUCUAG